GCCCAGCAGCCUCCAGCUCCCGCUCUGAAGCUCGCGUCCCCGCCCUCCAGCAUGAAGGUCUCCGCUGCGCUUCUCUGCCUGCUCCUCACAGCUGCCACCUUCAGCUCCCAGGUGCUUGCCCAGCCAGAGUCCGUUUGGAUCCCAAUCACCUGCUGCUUUAGUGUGGUCAGUAAGAGGAUCCCCUUCCAGAAGCUGAAGAGCUACAUGAGAGUUACCAGCAGCCAGUGUCCAUGGGAAGCUGUGAUCUUCAAAACAAAACUGGACAAAGAGUUUUGUGCUGACAUCAAGGAGAAGUGGGUCCAGGAUUCCAUGAAGCGCCUGGACCAAAAGUCUCAAAACCCGAAAUCUUGAACCUUCGCACCCGGGCUGGGAGAUAAUCAGAGCCUGAGUCUGAGCCUGUUUAUUUCCCCCCAACCUUCCCCAGGAGCAGCAGGAUGUUAUUUUAUUAUAAUCUCUAAGGAGAGGUGCUUUGUUUAAUAAUUUAAAACACAAUAUUUCUUAUGUAAUAUUUAAUUAUAUUUAAGUUAUUGAUGUUUUGACUUUAUCUGUCAUAAGUUCUGGUGUACUAUAAAAUACAAAACCCUGGGUGGUGUGCUUUCCUUUCUGUGAGCUCAAUUAAGUUUAUGGCAAAAUGUCAUUGUCAUCCCUCCUACCUGUCUGAGCACCAUCAAUGUGAAACACUCCCAAAUUCCUAGGAAAUCAGUGCUCCUGUGAGCCAAAUGUGCAAUUUGCAAUGUUAUUAUUGAAAUUAAUGUUAUAUAACUAUGGAAUUUUCAAAGAAAAA